CAUUCACCUCCCAACCCCCAAAAGUUUAUACCAUACCAGAACGCGAGCGCAAAAGAGAGGGGGAUUCAGAAUCAGAUACAACACAUCAGAGACAAAAGAGAGAGAGAGAGAGAGUGAAACCCUAGCAAAGCAAAGUGAUCUCGGAAGGAAGAGAAUGGGAAAGAAGAAGAAGAGAGCGUCGUCGAAGGUGUGGUGUUACUAUUGCGACAGAGAGUUCGAGGACGAGAAGAUUCUAGUUCAGCACCAGAAAGCCAAGCACUUCAAGUGCCACGUCUGUCACAAGAAGCUCUCCACCGCCGGCGGUAUGGCCAUCCACGUCCUCCAGGUCCACAAAGAGUCCGUCACCAAGGUUCCCAAUGCAAAACCAGGUAGAGAGACUACAGAUAUUGAAAUAUAUGGAAUGCAAGGAAUCCCACCUGAUGUCUUGGCUGCUCACUACGGUGAAGACGAUGAAGAAGGUGCAUCGAAAGUGGCUAAAGUGGAUAUCCCAACUACCUCGCUAGUUGGUGGUGUUGUACCAGGAUCAUUGGGAAUUGCAUAUCCUUCUCAACCUACUCUGGGUGUAAUGCAGCCGAUUUACAAUCCUGCACUACCAGUGCCUCCUGCUGCUUGGCCUGUUCCACCUCGUCCCGGGCCUUGGUAUCCACAGCAUCCAGCAGUUUCUGUUCCUCCUCCUCCUCCAUUGGGUUAUGCACAACAACCAUUGUUUCCUGUCCAGAAUGCGAGACCUCCUUUGCCGUCAACCACAUCACCUGCACUACAGCCUUCACAGAUAACUCCUCCCGGACUGCCCGUAUCCAACCCAUCUGUCCCUGUAUCGCAACCAUUGUUCCCGGUUGUUGGGAACAACAAUAUACCUCAAAUUUCACCAUUUUCUGCUCCUAUGCUUUCAACAAGUAUGCCAUCAAGCUCUGCAGCAGAAGUUAAAGGCUCCAUUGACGUGCAUUCAAGUGCUAACGCUUCUGUGACAAAUAAUUACCAAGCCCCAAACAUACCAGGUGGGACAUUAAGCAACUCUCAUUCAUAUGCCUCUGGCCCAAAUACUGGUGGUCCUUCCAUUGGACCACCCCCAGUAAUUGCAAACAAAGCUCCUGCUACUCAGCCAGCCACUAAUGAGGUCUAUCUAGUUUGGGAUGAUGAGGCAAUGUCCAUGGAGGAAAGAAGAAUGUCCCUAACGAAGUAUCAGGUGCAUGAUGAAACUAGCCAGGUAAGUCAUACUACCUCUUUAAUAUAUGGAGUUGGUUUCGCAUCUGACCAGAUGGGUAGGCUUUAUGUUUCAUGUUUUCAGAUUCGAUUCUUUCGCACUGUUUCCUAUUUAGAGAGGUAUUUCUGUAUGAAUUUCCAAUUUUUUCCUCAUUAAAAGAACAACCCACUUGGUUAGUAAUAUUUUAAACCAUUUAAUAAUUCCAUUUUUCUUCUUCCAACCCAAUUGGUUGAGGGCAUGUAAACUGCCAUUCUUCGGUUUGCACGCAAUGCCACCACUCUUGUGGGAAUCAAAAAUUGCAAGUAGGUAUUUGCAUUAUUUUAUUCUGGUAAUUAGUAAUUACAAUUUUGUCAAGCUUGCUGCAAUCAACUCCAAGAUUCUUCAUCCUAGCAUUGUAUUCAGUUAAGAACAAUGUGUAUGUAUUUUUUCUUUUAAAAUUUGGAUUUACCUGCUGUUAUUCAUUCUCCCUAUGCUUGAUUCCGAAAAGUGGGGUUUUGGGUGGAACAAGAUCUUACCCAACAGAUUUUUGCCUAUUCGUACAAUUUAGUUUAUGAUCCAACAGUGAAUUCAGACUUGGCCCAGGUCAGCUUCUUUUGCAAAGUUUGGUAUCUCUUUGCUUAGGCCAAGCUUUAUAACAUAUCUGGUUUGUCCAAGUGAUUGACAUUUAGGGAUCCUUUCUGAUCACCCCCCUCUUGUGAUUUUAUGUUUCAGAUGAGCUCAAUUGAUGCAGCCAUAGACAGAAGAAUAUUGGAAAGCAGGCUUGCUGGUCGAAUGGCCUUUUAGAUCAAAUAGAAGUCAUGAUGAAUUGUUGGAAUGUUUUUGUCAAAGCAUCAUCCUUAGAAUAUUGUGGGAUUCACUUAAACGACAAGGCGAUGCCCUGGUCUUUAUUCUCAUUGAUUUAAUUGGGUGUCUUGUAAGUGGCCAUAUUUAUUUGUGUUUUAUUCUUUACAAGAGAGGUUCAAGGGAGUAAAUUUUGUUGAUGAUAUAAGGAUUCUCCAUAGAAGUUGCUAAACUUGUAUUUUUCUGCA